AUGGGGUUAAACUGCACUUGCUUAAGAGAUCAAUCGACUGAAGAGAACCAGAUUAGACUAAAUACAUCUGGGCAUGCUGAUCCAAUUGAGCCUAAGAAACACAGGAAACACAAGAAAAAGAAGCGAGACAUUCAGAUUAAUUUAGACGGCACAAUAUUAAAAAUGUCAGUUAGAGAUAGUCCUAACUCCUGCUCUGCAGGUCAGGGUCCUAUUUUCGAGCUUAGUGAUAGAGGUCUUGCUCUUGAGAGUCUCGAAAGAGAGUGGACAAGUCAGUGCUGAGUCUGAUACUGGCCAGAGAAGUCUUAACGGACUUGUUAACAUUAACGGUUCGACGGCUAGGCCGGUCCACCUACCGUUGUUUAGAGCUAUUAAUCAAGGACCUCAAACAAGGAGACUGUAUCCAAGAGUAAUUCAAUUAAACUUAAACUCAAACUUAAUUAAACUUAGAUUUAGACGAUGCUAUAAAAUUGCAAGGCGUUUUACGAGGAUACAUAGAAAGAAGGAAGGCGAAAGAAAUCUAUCAUACCACUAAGAGUGGAAACUUGAAAAGAAACCAAAAAAGCAACAAUACAGUUGUACGUUCAAGUGGCAGUAAUGGAACAAACGCUAAAAGGGCAACUACAUUUUAA